CAACCACUUCUUUAUUUUUGCACAUAUUCAAAAUUACCUGGUUAUUUAUAUAAAAAAUGAAGAAAUUCUGCGACGAAAGUUUGGUGGCGCACCAAAUUAAGAAAAUUCAUCUUUAUAACAACCUUAGGAUACUAUUGGAAAGAUGCGAGGAUUUCCCCAAAAGGACGCAAAGUGAUGAUUCCCUGACCCGCAUAUAUAAAUCAAGUCAAGUUUUGGAUGCUUCUUGCUCGGAUAUGAUGACCAGCAGGUCGGACAUUAGACGACUACCUGCGGGUGGGGCUUGCAGCUGCCGUUCCAUUUCGGGUCGCUCGGUACCGGUGCCCGUGGACUUCAGGGAUAAUGGGAUUGACAUAGUCUCGGAAUCGACCCAAACCGUUUCCAACCAGGACAUGGCCACUCAAACGGCAAUCCCAACGUAUUCCAAUGAGCAAAAGCUAGAUUGCAAGUUUAGCCGAGAUGCAUCCACCCAAUCUGUGCCAAAUCUUCGAGAUGCAGAAACACAAUCGACAUCAGAUUCGUCGGAGGCCUUAAAGAAUAUCCAAACCCAAACGGAAAUUAUUGCCCAAGAAGAUCCUCCUAAAUCGAAAGCCCCUACCACUGAUAAGCCUGAAUAUUUAGAUGAGAAAGCUUCAAGAUCUGACAGUUCAUUCCGAAAAUGUUUCUUUAGGCGGCCGAUAAUCGUGGUGAAAAAAGGCUCUUUAAUUACUCCCGAGUUUACAAAUAAAAUCCACCAAGGUGCACCAAUACUAGUUACUUCGCAUAAGGAAGAUAAGCAGACACAAUAUGAAAACCCAUUUCGACAGGACAGCAAUCAAUUUGAUGACAAGUCUUCAGAGCCCGCAGCCUGCAUCAAAAUUCUCGAUAGGGUAGAGGAACUGGAAACCAAGUUGAGGAGACAGGAGCAAUCUCUUAAAGAUUUGCAAGGAUCUGUGAAAUCAUGGAAGGCCCAGGGAAGUAAGCCGGCUGACUGUAGGCUGAUCUUCCAGGCCCAACCAAAGAAUUGUGAACUACCAAGUAAACCUGCAACCUCUGACAAGGCAUCACAGAAAAAAGAUGAUAAUGAGUGCGAGUGCAAUAAUUUCUCCAAGGAGUUUAUUCAAAUAUUUUUAAAGCCUGAUUCAGAGUUUCAAACAAACGUAUCAAAUACUGCAUGUGGAGGGACUUUACGAAAUAAUACCCAGAAACCCACUGCUAGACAGUGUAGUUGGGAUAAUGAUGCCAACCGUAGAAUGAGAACCCCAAAACCCAGUGCCAUACAAUCUUGUAAGGAUGAUAAAGAUGAAAGAACUAUGAAAACUGAUCGAAAGGCAAUUGCCACACAGUGCGAUUUGAAUAACAAUGAUAACAAUCCCGGUGGCCGAAAUAAUAUUCAAAAGCCCUUUUCUAGACAAUGCUUAGAGGAUACCGAUAAUAUAUUGCAGCAGUUCAAUCGUGCAUUCGCGCCACCAAAAAGCCAAGAAUCGAUUUGUGGCCCGUCCAGAAAGACUUCAGAAACAAAUAAAAUUCAGAGACCCAGGUUACCUCACUGCGUAACCCUCGCUAACCAAAAUCUAAAGCAAGAAGAGGUUGGCAAUUUACUCGAUAAAUUCGUUGAGCUAGUAACAAAACCUGAUGACGACACUUCUCCUGCAAGAAAGGUUUCUUCCGCAUCUUGUUUGAACAAAAAUAAAAGCCCAAAUCAAUCACAAUCAAACCAAACCGUGGAAAAGGAAGUCUAUCAAUCGUUGAUCGAGCAGUUCAUACAUCUUUUCACAAAAUCCAAGAAGUGUGAAACUAAACAAGCACAGAAAACUGAAUCUGAGUCUUAUUCAUUUGAUAAACUAUUGACGGAAUUAAUUAAGUAUUUUACCACACCCAAUGCCCUGGAAUCGAGUACUUGUAAAGAGGAGGAAAGGCUCAAAAAGGUCACCAUUUCGGAGAGGGAAACGGUCUUGGGUAACGAACAGAAAACAAAGUGCAAUUGCUCAAAAGAACAGCGUAAUUUUAAGACCGCUUCAACACAAUCGGAUCUUAAAAUGUCCGAUAUGCACUUGGAUUUGAGGAGCAGAGAUGAGAGACCCUGUAAUGUCGGAGGCAAAUCUACAAUUAGCCAAAUGUACGCCUCGAAUAUGUCCAUUAGAGAUAUCAAGCCGAGGGAUCCGGAACCAUGUGGAUGCCAAUUUUGUGGCGAUGGCCAUUUGCCUGUCCUGGAUAGCUUCUUAAACGAGCUAUUUAACCUUAUAGGACCAAGGUCCUUCAACGACGUGGUGCUGACCAUACUCCGGCAUCCGGAAAGCGUCUACCAUAUAAACGUCCGUGAGAUGGCAUCGGGUACCGUAUUGGGCUGCCUGCUGGCCAAUGGAAAGGCCAUCAACGAAGCCAUCGCCCUGGGAUUGUUCGAGGACAUCCACACAUUCUGUGAGCUGGACAAGCACAGGGAGCACGAUCCCAGGGACUGUCCACUGGGCUCAAACCUCGAUGCCCUUUGCCCACGGGAGCGUGGUGGCGAUAUCCAUCCGGAUAGCAACGCAUCCAAAGUUAGGGCCAUAGAGUUUACCACUCGAGUGCUGGGACUUCCUGCUGGACAAGCAGGUCGCUUCUUCUCCCUGACCAACGCUCUCAAAUUGGCCAAGAAUUCAUCCCAUCAGAGCUAUAAUUGUUCGGAGCUAUCUAUGUUGUCACUCCAGCUUCGGCGGAAUCCCGAGAGAAGGGUUCGUAUUGGACGAGGAGCAGCCACCGGCAACUUGGUUUACUUACGAAGUGAAGAUAGUUUUUCAUUUACGAAUUUUAGCGAAGUGAACCAGACAUCCAGCUUAUUCCUUCGCAUAGUUUCUGGCGAAGAUCAAGAGGUUAAGGAAAAAGAGUCCAAGCUAAUUAAGUAUACUGAUACUUAAACAUGCUAGCUAGCCAUGAACUUUCAA